UGAGUCUUCGGCAGACACCCGGGAAAGCGGGGUCCUUCUCUGGGGCGGUCGCGCGGGCAGUGGCUCCCUGAAGUCGACACCGGGCAACAUGUAUUAUAAAUUUAGUAGCUUCACGCAGAAACUGACGGGAGCGUGGGCUUCCGACGCUUAUAACCCUCAGGGAUUAAGGCCUGUGGUUUCCACAGAAGCACCGCCUAUCAUAUUUGCCACACCAACUAAACUGAGUUCCAAUUCUACUGCAUAUGAUUAUGCUGGGAAAAAUAAAGUUCCAGAGCUGCAGAAGUUUUUCCAGAAAUCCGACGGUGUGCCCAUCCACCUGAAACGAGGCUUGCCUGACCAAAUGCUUUACCGGACAACCAUGGCGCUGACUGUGGGAGGGACCAUCUACUGCCUGAUCGCCCUCUACAUGGCAUCACAGCCCAGAAACAAAUGAGUUAGGCUGCAGAGGACUGGUUUGCUUUUUAGCAUAAAUCCUUUGAAUUUUCAUUUUUCAUUAUUUCUGUAAAAAAAAUUUUUUUUUUAACUUGAAUGGCCUACUUAACAUUCUUCAAGAAAAACAAAUUAAGACAGUAUUUUGGUUUGUUAUGAAAUGCACAUGGCCUGGCAGAGCUCAUUCGACAGUUAAAACUAUUGUUUAAAGAAAUGCUGCUGCUCUCUGCAUUUGGGCUUCUGAUUUCCCUGGAGGUUCUGAAUGAAGGUUACACACAGUCUCAUUAUGGCAGUCUGUGCUGAGGUCCUUGGGGACUUUUGGUGGAGUUUUGAGCUUGGGAUGGAGAAGCCUUUUUGGAUUUGGAUGUGACUGAGGAAGGAAAACAACCUAAGGCCAGGCACGUGAGAUGAGAGAUUUUGAGUUAGUAGUCACGUUGGGGAUUUUUCCAUCCUGCAGUAAAAUGUUAAUAGAGAUUAUUUGCAGUCUGCCUCUGUUCAUUGGGCAGUUUGUUUCAAAGGGUUAUUUGCGUCAUCUCAGAUCUUUAGUGAAAUUUUAUGUGUAAUUGCUAUGUAUUUAUUCCACCAUGGGAACAGAGAACACCUGUUUAGUGUUGCACUUUAGACCAAUGUCUGUUUUAUUAAUACAGCUGUGACACAAAUUCUCCUUUACCUUUUAAAAAUGUUAUGGCUUUAAAUUAUGAUUUAUUUUAAUUGUGGAAUAAAUACAUGAAUGAAAAA